AUGUCAGCAACAACUUUUGACGCCGAAAAAGCUGAUAAUUUAGAAGAUAUUGAAAGACAAUUUGCUGUCGUCGCAGUUGAACAAGCUGAAACCUAUUGGAAUAUAUUAACCAAAAUCAAAGGUUCUAAAUUACGUCUAACUAAAUUUGACAAUGAUAUAUAUGACACAUUUAUCGAACAUUUCCCAGAAUAUAAGGACGUUGAAAGAGUGAAAAACUUCAAAGAAGAAGAACUAAAGUCAAAGGAACAAAAGGUUAAAUGGAGAAAGUUCUGUGGAGAAUUCGAAGAAAAUAUCGAAGAUUACAAUUUUGGUACUCUGUUAAGAACUAGUUCUAAUGACGAAUACGGUCAAGAAGGUACUAUUUUUGUUGUUAGAAUCCAAUUUUACGCUUUUGAAAUUGCCAGAAACAGAGCAGGUUUGAAUGACUGGAUCUGUGGUAAAUAG